AUGAGGCACACGGAUGCCCGAAGUACAAACGCAGCUUUAUGUAAGAUGUUUAUGGUGUGGGGAUUACCAUUAAUUAUACAGAGCGAUAAUGGCCCUCCGUUUCAAAGCGCUGAAUUUAUCGAUUAUUGGGAGGCAAAAGGGGUAAGAGUUCGGAAGUCAAUUCCUUUAAGUGCACAGUCCAAUGGGGCUAUCGAGCGACAGAACCAAGGUGUAAUCAAAGCUUUGGCGGCAGCAAAAAAGGAGCAUAGAAGUUGGAAAGAAGCUCUAGAGGAGUAUGUACACGUCCACAAUACACGGAAGCAUCAUUCCCGUUUAGGGAUCACCCCAUUUGAGCUGCUAGUUGGUUGGAAGUAUCGCGGGACUUUUCCAAGCCUUUGGAGUCGCAAUGAAACAUUAGACAGCAAUGCAGUCCGUGAGGACGAUGCAGUUGCCAAGUUAACCAGUAAAAAGUUCGCUGUUAGUCGCCGAGGAGCAAAAGAAUGUCAUAUUGCGGCAGGUGAUAGAGUAGUUGUUGCUAUUCCCCAGAGAACUAAGACUGAUCCAACAUUUUCUAUGGAAAAGUUUUCUGUUUUAACAAGAGAAGGGGCUAAAGUAGUCAUCAUUGGGGAGACUGGUGCCAGAUUGGUUCGGAAUAUGCAGGAUGUCAAGCGUCUUCCAGAUGAGUCACCUUUAGAUACUGAUAUAACUCCGACAAUUAGCGCUGACCAAAGGGAUACUACUAGUUGCGCUACGACCACUAUACCACUGGGACUAGGUAGUAACGGAAAUCUCAUCUCGAAGAGACCACAGAGAGUAACCCGGAAACCUGAAAAAUUUAAGGAUAUGAUCUUAUAUCGAGUCCGUUCUGAAGAGUAG